AUGGCUUCUAGGAAGAAGGUCCUCCUUAAGGUCAUUAUCCUGGGCGACAGCGGUGUAGGCAAGACGAGCUUGAUGAACCAAUAUGUCAACAAGAAGUUUAGUGCUAGCUACAAGGCCACGAUUGGCGCCGAUUUCCUGACAAGAGAGGUCUUGGUUGAUGACCGACAGGUGACCAUGCAGCUAUGGGACACGGCCGGCCAGGAGCGCUUCCAAUCAUUGGGCGUUGCCUUCUACAGAGGUGCCGACUGCUGCGUCUUGGUGUACGAUGUCAACAACUCCAAGAGCUUCGACGCCCUUGACAGCUGGAGAGACGAGUUCCUCAUCCAGGCCUCACCCCGCGACCCAGAGAACUUCCCAUUCGUUGUCCUCGGAAACAAGAUCGACGUCGAAGAGAGCAAGAGAGUUAUCUCAAAUAAGAGAGCAGCAACCUUCUGCCACUCCAAAGGUGAUAUCCCUUACUUUGAGACCAGCGCAAAGGAAGCCAUCAACGUCGAGCAGGCAUUCGAAGUCAUCGCAAGGAAUGCUCUCGCCCAAGAGGAGUCUGAGGAGUUCAGCGGCGACUUCCAGGAUCCCAUCAACAUCCACAUUGAGAACGACCGGGACGGAUGCGCAUGCUAA